AUGUCGACCGUGUGUCCCGGAAAGCACAUCAGUGAUUUCCUGGAGAUACCUGGUCUCCGAGACCUUGCCGUUGCUGAAUAUAGUGACUGGCAGCAAUCACAAGUUGAUGAUGAGAAGCUGAAGGCAGAGUUUCGCAAAGCCCGUGAUGCUACGCUUGAAGAUGGUCUAGACUUUAUGCAGGUUCACGAGGAUCAGGACCCGGAAUUUUUUAUAAAAAACGGCGUUAAGAGGGGCAUUGCUCGGCGUUUUAUUGGGGAUAUUGAGUAUUAG